GAUACCUUCAUAUCAUGUCCCGUUUUUGCGACUGUCUUUAUCCAUUCACUCCAAAAUGCGUUCGAAGAUACUCCGCGUUGGCAUCAUAGGGUGCGGCGAGAUCGCCCAAGUCGGACACAUCCCUAUCUACAACUUCCUCAACACCAAAUUCCGAACGACAUACCUCUGCGACGCUUCACACGAUGCGCUCAGCCACUGCGCCAAAAUGGUACAGGGCGGAGUACCAAAGACGACAACCGAUCCGGAGGAACUGUGUUCAUCGCCUGACGUGGAUGUUGUGCUGAUCUGCAAUGGCGACGAGGCGCACGUCAUAUGUGGAAUUUUGGCCCUCAAAUAUGACAAGUGGUGUCUUAUUGAGAAGCCGCUUGCUCUCUGCUAUCGGGACGUCUAUGCUUUGAUUGAUGCGGAAAAAGAAUCGAAAGGCAGGGUGUUUGUGGGUACUAUGCGUAGGUACGCGCCGGCUUUUCUCGAGGCUGUGGACGAGGUGAAGAAGAUGGGUCCCAUCCUCUACGCGCGUGUAAGAGCUAUCAUUGGACCCAAUUCGAACUUCGUGUCUCAAUCUACGACCUAUCCGCGGCUAUUCUCCGACUUUACAGACGGAGAUAAGAAGCUAAGAGCGCAACGCGAGAAGGACAUCGUAGAAACUGCGCUGAGAGAUGAAUUCGGGGUUGCCGUUACGGAAGAGUCGAUAAAGAUGCUGCGAAUGCUUGGAAGCCUGAACACUCACGAUCUUUCUGCGAUGCGAGAAAUAAUCGGCAUGCCCAAGUCCGUACUGGGAGCUUGCCUUGGCCUCCCUGGCAUAUACAGCGCACUAUUCGAAUACGACGGGUUCUCGGUAACUUUUGAGUCCGGUAUCAACGCCGUACCCACGUUUGACGCGCACAUUGAAGUCUACGGCGAAGACAAAAUCGUCCGUGUCGACUACGACACGCCGUACGUCAAAGGUCUUCCAGUCACCAUAACGAUCCGCGAGAAGAUCGAUAGCAGACCAGGGCAGGAUUCCUACGGCUUCUCCGAGCGCGUCGUCAGAAGAACUUACGAAGAUCCGUAUACGCUAGAAAUGCUCGAAUUCUAUGAAUGCGUGGUUAAUGGGAAGCCCGUUAAGACGAGCGCUGAGGAUUCGAUCAAGGAGCUGGAUCUUUGGAAGAUGAUUCUCAAGGCUGGUGAAAAUCACUACAAGACGAAAUCGACUCAAUAAAGGCAGGUUGAAGUUCAAUGCCUAUUCACUAUCUAUCGUCUAUCGUCUACCAUCCUACCACAGUAUGUUGCCGUACACAUGCUAGCGUGUGUUACUUGUAGCUUUGAAAAGCUAUUCCUGGAGACGUUCCACAGGCAAGAGUAUGCGCCUCACUUUUCCUUGAAAUCAUGGCCAAUGUGUGCCACGUUAUUUGAGCAAAGCAUGUCAUGUUCGUGUUUCUGGUACGCUUGCGAGCAUAUGCGGACUUAGCGACCUCGGCCGAGGCCGCUGACUACUACAAAACGGAUAUAGGCGAUAAUACACCAUAU